AUCAGACACACACUCACUCAUCUUCGAGUCUAUCCCUCUCUCUCUCUCUCUCUCUCUCUCUCUCAAGAACCGCUUGAACCCUAACGUGUGUGUAAGCUAUUUUGAAAGUCAUACACACAUACACAGACAGUGUAUGGUUUCAAAUCUUCAUAGGUUAUUAUGGCUUCGGACACAGCUUCUCGUUCGAGUUCCGCGGCCGAUUCAUACAUUGGUUGCUUGAUUAGUUUGACAUCAAAAAGUGAGAUCAGAUACGAGGGUGUUCUCUACAACAUCAACACCGAUGAAUCCAGUAUUGGUCUCAAAAACGUGCGCUCUUUCGGAACUGAAGGAAGGAAAAAGGACGGUCCACAAAUUCUGCCAGGUGACAAGGUCUAUGAGUAUAUACUGUUCCGUGGGACGGACAUCAAGGAUUUACAGGUGAAAUCUUCUCCACCUGUUCAGCCUGCUGUACCUACAAAUACCGAUCCAGCUAUUAUUCAGUCUCAGUAUCCUCGCUUAGCCACAACAUCUACAAGUUUACCAGCUGUAAGUGGAUCUUUGACUGAUGCUAGUCCUAAUCCUAAUACAACACAGCUUGGACACCCAGGGUCAAACUUUCAAGGGCCUUUGUAUCAACCUGGAGGAAAUGUAGUGUCAUGGGGAGCUUCUUCGCCUGCUCCAAAUGCAAAUGGUGGUGGGCUUGCUAUGCCAAUGUAUUGGCAAGGAUAUUAUGGUGCCCCAAAUGGGCUUCCUCAGUUACACCAGCAAUCUUUGUUUCGACCUCCACCUGGCUUAUCCAUGCCUUCAUCUAUGCAGCAGCCAAUGCCGUCAUCUUUGCAGCAGCCACUGCCAUCGUCUAUGCAGCAGCCGAUGCCAUCAUCUAUGCAGCAGCCGAUGCCUUCAUCUAUGCAGCAGCCGAUGCCUUCAUCUAUGCAGCAGCCGAUGCUUUCAUCUAUGCAGCAGCCAUUGCAGUUUCCCAGUUUUAGUUCCUCAUUACCAACUGGACCUUCAAAUUUUCCAGAAUUCCCAUCAGCUUUCCUACCUGUGGGUACUAGUUCCCCUAACAUAACAUCUACUUCUGCACCUCCAUUGAAUCUUUCAACAACAAUUUUACCUCCGGCACCUUCAGCUACACUAGCUCCUGAAACUUUUCAAGCAUCAGUUUCAAACAAGGCACCUACUGUGUCACUUCCUGCUGCCACACUAGGUGCUAACUUGCCAUCGCUAGCUCCUUUUACCAGCGGUGGUUCUGAUAUAAAUGCUGCAGUACCAUUGGCCAAUAAACCUAAUGCAAUUUCAGGUUCAAGUUUGUCAUACCAAACUGUACCCCAGCAGAUGACUCCUUCAAUUGUUGGCUCUUCAAAUUCUGUCCGCACAGAACCACCAGUCCCUUCUCUGGUAACCCCAGCUCAAUUAUUGCAGUCUGGACAAACUGUAGCAGCUUCCUCCAAGCCUUCACAAACACCACAUAAGGAUGUUGAAGUGGUUCAGGUAUCAUCAACAUCGGCUCCAGAGCCGUCUGUGCCUGUCGCUGCUGAAUCUCAGCCACCAAUACUUCCAUUGCCAGCGACUUCUCGGCCAAUUCACAGGCCCGGUGGAGCUUCUAACCAAACUCAUCAUGGCUAUGGUUAUAGGGGGCGUGGAAGAGGCAGAGGAAUUGGGGGUUUCCGCCCAGCUGAAAGGUUCACUGAGGACUUUGACUUCACGGCAAUGAAUGAGAAGUUCAAAAAGGAUGAAGUAUGGGGUCACCUAGGUAAAAGCAACAAGAAAGAUGGGGAAGAAAAUGCCAGUGAUGAAGAUGGCGGUCAAGAUGAAGACAAUGGUGAUGUAUCAAACUUGGAGGUUAAGCCUGUUUAUAACAAGGAUGAUUUCUUUGACUCACUCUCCUGCAACUCGCUCAAUCAUGAUCCACAAAAUGGAAGGGUUAGAUAUUCGGAACAAAUCAAGAUGGAUACUGAGACAUUUGGUGAUUUUUCAAGGCAUCGUGGUGGCUGGGGUGGCCGUGGUCCGUGGCGCGGUGGUGGUGGUGGACGUGCCCGUGGUGGUUAUUAUGGAAGGGGGUAUGGUGGCUAUGGCGGAAGAGGAAGAGGAGGGGGACGUGGCAUGCCAGGUGGCCGUUAUUAGAUGGAGGCUGCAAUGCUAAGUUGUGGUGGUAGGGAGGUAAGGAACAAAAGCCAAGCCACCCACUUAAAGCAGCUUUGUUGAGGCUAUGCUUCAAUGUUGUGAUUUCUGUUGUUCUGUUUGGUCAUAAGUUGGACAGUUUUUCUGGUCAUUUUGAGUCGUUGACACCUUAUUACCCAAAAGAACCUGGUUUAGUUUGGUUUGGUUUGGUGGAAAGAUGUUUCUCUACCAUUUUCUAUAUUCAUACAUCUGGAAUGCACAAAUUCUAGACAAGUUUCUUGCGGUAUAUUGUUCGUGUAUGUAAGCAAUCAGCAAGUUCUGGAAUGCACACAUUCUAGACAAGUUUCUUGCGCUAUAUUGCUUAUGUAUGUAAGCAAUCAGCAAGUUUUCCAUUUGUGACAGGUCGAAUUGUUUUGCAUUGUUGUAAAUGCAUGUGACAGGUUAUUUCAAGACUAAAUUAUACUUUUGAACCUUAUUAUUUGGUCUAUUGUUGUUC